AAAUAGAGUUUCGUUUCGUAAAGCAAUGAAAAAAGCUAUUGAAUUAACUGAACAAGCAGGUACAAAAGGAGUGCAAGUACAAAUUGCGGGACGUAUCGAUGGAAAAGAAAUUGCACGUAUCGAAUGGAUCAGAGAAGGUAGGGUUCCUCUACAAACCAUUCGAGCUAAAAUUGAUUAUUGUUCCUAUACAGUUCGAACUAUUUAUGGGGUAUUGAGCCCGCUUUGGAUCACGUCUAGACAAAUAGAAGCGGGACGGCGAGCAAUGUCACGAAAUGUCCGACGAGGUGGACAAAUAUGGGUACGCAUAUUUCCAGACAAACCAGUUACAGUAAGACCCACCGAAACGCGUAUGGGUUCGGGAAAAGGAUCUCCCGAAUAUUGGGUAUCUGUCGUUAAACCUGGGAAAAUACUUUAUGAGAUGGCUGAUAACAGCGGAGCCCGCGAAUUGAUGUGUAUUCGAAUCCUAGGAGCUAGUAAUCGACGAUAUGCUUAUAUUGGUGACAUUGUUGUUGCUGUAAUCAAGGAAGCAUCCAAAGGAAAGCAAGUCCGAAAAUUAUUGCACACACUUAGAAGAUCGAAGUGA